GCGGCCAUAGACGCCUAGUUUUAGCGAUAUUUAGUGUUGAAAUCAUCGUCCUUUUGUUUAAACUAGUUAAAUUUGACAUUGGUUAAACGUAAAUGUCAAUAAUCUCGAUCUAAACACAGGGUUUAAACACCCAUUUCCCUAGCAAAUUUGCUGUUUUUGCUUAAUGUUAACAUAAAUUUGUAGAAAAAUGAGCAGCUCAGAGGAGGUAUCAUGGAUUUCCUGGUUCUGUGGAUUGAGAGGAAACGAAUAUUUCUGCGAGGUUGAUGAGGACUACAUACAGGACAAAUUCAAUUUGACCGGACUCAAUGAGCAAGUACCGCAUUACCGGCAAGCUUUGGAUAUGAUCUUAGAUUUGGAACCAGAUGAUGAAUUAGAUGACAACCCAAACCAGUCAGACCUAAUCGAACAAGCAGCAGAGAUGUUAUAUGGUCUGAUCCAUGCAAGAUAUAUUCUAACAAAUCGUGGAAUUGCUCAAAUGAUAGAAAAAUACCAGACGGGCGACUUUGGAUUCUGUCCAAGAGUUUACUGCGAGAAUCAAGCCCAGCUGCCCCUCGGUCUUUCGGACGUACCCGGCGAGGCGAUGGUGAAGUUAUACUGUCCCAAAUGCAUGGAUGUUUAUACUCCGAAGUCGUCGAGACACCAUCACACAGAUGGAGCAUAUUUUGGAACCGGAUUCCCCCAUAUGUUGUUUAUGGUGCAUCCUGAAUACAGACCGAAACGUCCCACAAACCAGUUCGUUCCUAGACUCUUUGGUUUUAAAAUUCAUCCACUGGCAUAUCAACUACAGCAACAGGCUGCGUCAACAUUCAAAACGCCAAUGAGAACGUUAAAUUUUAACAAUGGAAAGCGUUAAUAUAUAUAUUUUUUAAAUUUUAACCAAGAGAUACAAUAUAUGUUAGUUAAUGUGUUGAUGGAAAUUUUUUUUGUUAAGUGAUCCUUACAGACUCGAGUUUAAUGCGUCUUACCAAAUAUAUGAAAUUUCACGUCUGAGUUGUUUUCGUUUUUCUUUAAGAAAUAUAUUAUUUUUAUAGUUCCAUCAAGAAACAUUAUCACCAGCGGUAUAGACAAAUAAAACUACAUGUACAAUGUAUGUACUGAUUGUAAAAUAAAGCAACUCCCUCAAGACUCGUAAUUGUGCGAAUGGAGUAUUAUAACUUAAUUUCUUUUGUAAUAGCUACUUGUAGGUUAAUUAUUUAUGUUACAUGCUAUAUUGUUCAUAUAAUUUUAAUAUGUAAAAUACAAAUUAUUAAUAA